GCGGCGCAACCAACACGCGGGUUCCUCCGUGACGCACCGAGGAGACCACACAUGCAUCCAAAUUCACUCGGAAAGACGGGAAGCGUUCCAAAAGGAUUUCUCCCCCCCCCCCCCCGCCACACCUGAUCUCAAAAGCGGUUGGAUAUUUUCCCAAGACACCUGAGGAGAAUUCCAUCCUCGCAGCGCUGGAUGAGAUGCCAUCAGUGAUGCGCUGAAGGACGGACAAUCAGAACCGAGAAGAAGCCGUUCCGAGCUUUUUACGCACGUCCGCAGAUUUGCAACCCGGGGAUGUUAGCAGCCCACCUGAUGGUCUAAAGGCGUGUUAAUGCGUGGCACGGGAGUGGGACACUUGCAGGAUGAGUGAGCGACACGCGCAGGUUGGAAGCAAAGGGCUCUUACUGGUCAUGGUGCUCGCUAUCAGCCUCUGGGACAUGUCGGAGGGCGCGACGGCAGCGCAACACGUUCCCACGGGCACCUGCGAGGUGGUCGCCUUGCAUCGCUGCUGCAACAAGAACAAAAUCGAGGAGCGCUCGCAAACCGUCAAGUGCUCCUGCUUUCCCGGCCAAGUGGCCGGCACCACCAGAGCCGCCCCCUCCUGCGUAGAUGCCUCCAUAGUGGAGCAGAAGUGGUGGUGUCAGAUGCACCCGUGCCUUGACGGCGAGGAAUGCAAAGUCCUUCCCGAUCUGAAGGGUUGGAGCUGUGCAACGGGGAACAAAAUCAAAACCACAAAGAUUUCUGCCGAUAGGGACCAACUUUGGUAACCGCAUACUUCACCGGGGACCCCAGGUGAAUGGAAGGAGAAGAGACUUGAUGCAAAAAGGACUUUUCUGUAAAUAGACUGCCGUGACUCCUCGGAAAAACGGAAUCCCUCACGAACUGUAUCGGACGUCCAAACAUAGAAGUGGAUUUCGAUUGGAGGACAAAAGGAUUUGCUCUCUUAUGCCGUAACUGCUUGUAGUGGAUUACAAUGGUGAACUUUGCCUAAAUGUUCAAUUCUAGAGUCAUACGUCCUUCGCGGGUUUUGUUUCUCGGGCCGGACGUCGGUAGAAAACGACGCAGAUAUUCAGGGGGAUUUUCACACGCGUCCCUGCCUGAAACGUUUGAUGUAAUUACGCGACAUGUUUCCGUUCUACAUUUAAAAGUCACUUAGCGGGGGAGAAAAUUCAAUCAAAAUGCACAUCGGUGGAGUAAUCGCUGAGCCAGCAGCAGAUACCAGAAAGUCAUUUUAUUUUUUCCCCUUUGUUUUGCGAGAAUACAUUUUCUGGCAGCUUCUGCGAUUUUUUUUUUAUUAAUGUGUUCUAUAUCAGAUCUGAAAUUUGACGAUUGAAGAAAAGAAAAAAUCCAGAGUGAUCAAUAUUCACAUGACUGUUUUCAACCGAAAUAGGACAUUGUCUGUGAUGACAUCAGUAAUAAACUGUGGUUGUGUCAUUGA